AGCAAAACAGGACACGGAAAAAUAGCAAGAUGACAUUUGACGGAGAGGACGUUGUCGUGGUGGUCAGUGUUCUUCCGUGGGUUUAUUCACGACAUACAAUGUACACGUCGUUUAGUAGAGGAAGCAUCGGUGCUAAUUAGUGUUUCCAUCCGGAGACAUUAGUCUGAGCGCACUUCCCUUAGCUUGCUAGUUAGCUUGUUUGCUGCUAACAAAGAGACGCGGAAGUUGUCAAAUCCUCGCUCGGCAGGGAUCAAAUGUGAGUGUAAAGUGUUGUGAUUGUGUGGAAAUGUGCGAAAGAACGAUAGCAGAAUACGAGGAGGAAUAUGGGGGAUAAUGAGCGACAACAACGUCAACUAUGGACGCUGUUUUCAACAAACAUCAAGUUGUGUUACACAGAACAGGCGUCCAGCAACCCCCUCACUUUAAAGAGGAAGAUGAGGAACCACAGCCCCCCCACAUUAAAGAGGAAGAGGUGUGGACCACUCAGGAGGGAGAGUGUCUUGUAGGGCAGGAGGAGGAUGAUGUCACCAAGUUUCCACUGACUGUUGUCUCUGUGAAGACUGAAGAGCAUGAAGACAAACCACCUGAGUCCUCACAACUUCAUCACAGUCCAAACCUCCAGCAGCUGAUUGUACAUCAAGAAGAACGUCUCCAUGAGAUGCAAGGGGGGCGCUCUGCUUUGGAGCAGGAGGAUCCACAGCCCCCCCACAUUAAAGAGGAAGAGGAGGAACUCAGCAUCACUCAGGAGGGAGAGUGUCUUGUAGGGCAGGAGGAGGAUGAUGUCACCAAGUUUCCACUGACUGUUGUCUCUGUGAAGAUAGAAGAGCAUGAAGACAAACCACAAGCAGACAAGCUCUUAGCUCCACUAUCAGAUAGUGUCGACACAACGUCACACUCACCUAAGGAUGAAGACAUCCAAAAACUUUUGAGUAACAAUACAGACUGUGAAGGUGAUCCGAGGAGUCCUUCUGACAACAACCACUCUGAAUCCCCUGAAAAAAAAAUAGCUCAAGAACGUUUUACCUGCUCAGUUUGUGCUAAAAGAUUCACUUUUAGGAGUGUUUUGACGAGACACCUGCGAACGCAUACUGGAGAAAAACCUUUCAGUUGUUCCGUUUGUGGCGACCAGUUCUCCCGCAAGUCACACGUGGCAUCACACAUGAGAACGCACACUGGAGAAAAACCUUUCUGUUGUUCAGUUUGCGGUAUGAGAUUCCCGCAAAAGUCCCAAAUGGCCUCACACAUGCGAACGCACACAGGGGAAAAACCUUAUUCAUGUACACUUUGCGCUAAAACGUUCAGUCGGCAUGACACUCUGAUGGUGCACAUGCGGACACACAGCGGAGAAAAACCUUACAAGUGUUCGGUUUGUUGCGAAAGGUUCUCUGUGAAGGUGAACAUGGUAUCGCACAUGCGCACGCAUCGAAAGGAAAAACCCUUCAGAUGUUCCGUUUGCGAUAAAAGCUUCACUCAUAAGAGUGAUUCUACUCGACACAUGCUGACGCACACCGCCAAAAAACAUUUUAACUGCUCAGUUUGUGGUAAAAACUUUUCUUAUAAGAAACGUUUCACAACACACAUGUUGACACACAACAGUGAAUAAAUGUUUUCCUGUCCAGUUUGUGCUGAAAGAUCAAAAGUGUACUGUCGUGUGAGGAAUCCUCCAGAACAGGGGUCACCAACGCGGUGCCCGCGGGCACCAGGUCGCCCGUAAGGACCAGAUGAGUCGCCCGCUGGCCUGUUCUAAAAAUAGCUCAAAUAGCAGCACUUACCAGUGAGCUGCCUCUAUUUUUUAAAUUUUAUUUAUUUACUAGCAAGCUGGUCUUGCUUUGCUCGACAUUUUUAAUUCUAAGAGAGACAAAACUCAAAUAGAAUUUGAAAAUCCAAGAAAAUAUUUUAAAGACUUGGUCUUCACUUGUUUAAAUAAUAUUUUACUUUGCUUCUUAUAACUUUCAGAAAGACAAUUUUAGAGAAAAAAUACAACCUUAAAAAUGAUUUUAGGAUUUUUAAACACAUAUACCUUUUUACCUUUUCAAUUCCUUCCUCUUGUUUCCUGACAAUUUGAAUCAAUGUUCAAGUAAAUUUAUUUUUUCUAUUGUAAAGAAUAAUAAAUACAUUUUAAUUUAAUUCUUCAUUUUAGCUUCUGUUUUUUCGCCGAAGAAUAUUUGUGUAAUUGUUCUUCAAAUUUAUUAUGAUUAAAAUUCAAAAAAAUUAUUCUGGCAAAUCUAGAAAAUCUGUAGAAUGAAAUUUAAAUCUUAUUUCAAAGUCUUUUGAAUUUCUUUUAAAAUUUUUGCUCUGGAAAAUCUAGAAGAAAUAAUGAUUUGUCUUUGUUAUAAAUAUAGCUUGGUCCAAUUUGUUAUAUAUUCUAACAAAGUGCAGAUUGGAUUUUAACCUAUUUAAAACAUGUCAAAAUUCUAAAAUGAAUCUUUAUCAGGUAAAAUUACUAAUGAUGUUCCAUAAAUUCUUUUUUUUAUUUUUUCAAAAAGAUUCGAAUUAGCUAGUUUUUCUCUUCUUUUUUUCGGUUGAAUUUUGAAUUUUAAAGAGUCGAAAUUGAAGAUAAACUGUUUCAAAAUUUAAUUGUCAUUUUUUUUCGUGUUUUCUCCUCUUUUAAACCGUUCAAUUAAGUGUAAAUAUCAUUAAUUAUUAAUAAUAACAUAGAGUUAAAGGUAAAUUGAGCAAAUUGGCUAUUUCUGGCAAUUUAUUUAAGUGUGUAUCAAACUGGUAGCCCUUCGCAUUAAUCAGUACCCAAGAAGUAGCUCUUGGUUUCAAAAAGGUUUGUGACCCCUGCUCUAGAAAGUAAUGAUCUGCUGUGAACCACCUCAGUUAGUUUUUAAUGUCGCCAACAUAUGUUUCAUCUUUACUUAAAAAUGAUUUAUCGGGUUAUGAGGUUCGCUCUUUUCCUUUACUGCCUUUUCGGGAAAAUUAGCAUUUUUUUACUAUUAUUUCUGACUGCCACUGAUAUGUGUCUGUGUCUUUGUAUGACGCCUGAUACAGUAAACAGAAGGCAUCACAACCGUGCGGUUCAUUGUUGUUAUUAGUUUAUUUACAAGUAAGUUACUUCAAAAUACUGUGCAACAACAACAACAACAACAAACCCAAUAAGGGUUUCUAAAGCGUGUUUUCUGCCAAACGAGGACACGGUGAAACUGCCCAGGAGGGAAUACAAACUAUAAUGCAGAGAGUACUGUGUAAAUUCAAUGCAAUAAAACGGUUGUUUUUGUUUCAUACAUGCUGGACAAAGCACAGACUCCCCAAGGAACUUACAAAGGAAAAGGUCCCCUGCAGUGUGUUGCUAAAUAAAGAAUGUUAAGACAUUGUCAUGCAGCAAUAUGAAGACCAUAGAAAUAUCACAGAUUACAUCACCAAACAUUUUUGACAAUCCAACCAUGGUUGUAACAAGCAACGUAUUGUGUUAAUAAUGCGUGAAACUGGUAUCUAAACAUGAUGUAGCGCCUUCUCUAAAUGCGAGUGCUCCUACAGCAGGAAUAAAAAUUCAGUUUUCCUACAAAUUACAAAAUCAGGCAUGUCACUAAAGCACUUAAAGUAUUUUUUUAUUUUUUUUAUUCUCAAUAAAAUUGUGUUUAUGUCCUUUUUUGUUUUGAGCUUUUAAAAAAGCAUAAUGUUUCAAAAGCAUAUUAAAGCAAAUUAAUUGUCUUGUCAUGGUA